UCUUUUAUUUAUUUUUCCCUCAUAAAUGUCCGGUUGACGCAGAUGUGUGAGGCGGUUUCCUGCUCGUGUGUGUGUGUGACAGUCAGACCGGGGGAGGCGAGGACCGGUGGAAGAGGUUUGUGCCCCGCCCCUCUCGGACACGUUGCCCAGGGAGAGGCUGCACGGGCUGGAUGGGACUCCUGCCCUCCUGCGUGUUGCGCGCUGGUUUCACUCCAUCAUCAGUCCGCUCGGUCCCGUCUGCGCGUCCGCACACGGGUCCACUUCUGUAUUAUGAGAGAGGAUCGAUCCGUGGAGGUGAGACUCUGCUGCGCAAAAAAAAAAGACGGAUUUUGGAGGUGAUGUUUGCGGCUUCUGCACCGCGCUGAACAUGCAGGUCCGUGAUGCUCUCUGCUGGCUGAUAAUCUAGCUUCACCAUGUCGACCUCAGACUCGGAUUACUCCAUUGACUGGCUCGCCAGCGACGAGGACGAUUACGACGGUCCAGAGAGAUUAACCCCUCAGCACGCAGAUGCUCCGCCGGUACCCUCGUCGUCGUCAUCAUCAACAACCACGUCGUUAAGAGAAUCUCCUUCGAGCUGCUUCCGCUCCGGAGCGACCCAGAGGAGGAGGAGUGACUGUAAAGACGGAGGCCGCUGCGGGGACGUCGCCGACUCUCCGGCCCCUCUGGAGACCCCGGCGGUCAGUCCAGUUCAGGGAUUUACCUCUGUUUGUAAGCAGCAGACGCUUUCUGUGGAGUCAAAGCAUCACGCGGUCAGGAAGAGAGCACACAGCGCUGCUCUAGACGAACUCUGUGAAAAGCCUCAACCAGACACUGAAAACGAACUGUUCUCGCACAAGUGCAUGGAGCUGCAGUGCUACGUCCAGCCUCUGUCGUCCAUCCUGCGCGGCCUGAGAUCAGGCAGGUACUCCGAACGUCUCAGCAGUUUCCAGGAGAGCGUCGCGAUGGACCGUAUCCAGAGAAUAAUGGGGGUCCUUCAGAAUCCAAACAUGGGCGGACGCUUCCUUAGCAUUAUACUGAAAAUAGAGGAGAUGCUUCAGAGCUGGUUCCCCCAUAUCAAACCAAAUCUGACCCAGAGAGACGACAGCACUCCGGCUAAGAAGCAAAAGCAGCAUCAUAGCAGUGCCUCCCCUCCUCCAUCCUCUCCGGUGUCGCUCUGCUCCUCAGACUCCGCAGCCUCCUCCACCCACCUCAAAUGGUUUCACACUUCACCCAUCUGCUCCCUGAAAACACCUGAGUCAGCGCUCGGCCGCUCCGCCGCCGCCGCCGCCCCUGCCCCCACCACCACCGCCUCCUCCUCCUCCCCUCUGCCCUCGCGCUGCAGCCGGGAAGUGACCCAGGACAACGCCGUCUCCUCCAGCACCGACUCGCACACGCGCCGCCUCAGCGCCAACCCUCGUCUGAGCCGGGGGCCGCUGCCAUUCAAGAUCAGCUCGCCGUGUCUGGAGAGACUGCUGCAGGCGAAGGAGAGCAUCAUCGCUCCCAGAACUGUGGGAGACGGCGGCUGGUUGUCUUAGCUGCCCGCGGAGCAGCGUGACUGUGUCAGCGGGUGAUUUGGGGACAGAUCCAUGUGAGACAGGAUCUCACCUCGCAGGCCCCCACAUGGCUUCCAUACAGCCCGAAGAUACUAAAAAGGCCUUAAAAAGCAUGUUUCAAAGUCUUCUAAAUCUUUUUUUUUUUUAAUCUACAGCUCACUUGGACUUCAGUUGGUCCAGGAUGAGCAGGAAGAGUCCGAAUGUGAGAGAAAUAAAAACGGGGCAGUGGGUUAAAACGACUGCAGAUUUGACGUGUUUCGAUGACAGCUGCUUGUGUCACGAAACACGGACCUCUAGGUUGAGUUUUCACUAGUUGUUUGAGUUGGAUGGGUUUAAUUUUCUAACAAAUCCAAAGGUUAAAAAACAAUGUUGGCAGGAGAGAAAUACUCCCUCAACAAUCGACUGACUUGACUGAACAAAUAAGGCGGGAAUCAUGAGCUCUGGGUCUGACUUCCUCUGAAAACAUGUACACGACUGUAUUUAUGGAUCUAACUCUGAAUGAAUGCACAUUACACUUGA